AUGUGGAGCUCAUUAACAAUUAUAGGAAUACUACUUGUGACAGCCAAUCAAGGUAAGGGGGGUAGCGCACCCGCUUACAGUACGGACCUGGAGACAGAGCUACGUACAGCCUUGUUCACAGGAUAUGAAGUUCUCCAGAGACCAAGUGAACGAGUCUCUGUGACAGUGUCUAUGAACCUGAUCACCGUCAAUUCGUUGGACAUAAAGGCACAGACGCUUUCAACUUCCGGUUUCUUUCAACUUUGGUGGCCUGACAGUCGUCUUCAGUGGAAUUCAAAUAGCAGUUAUGAAAAUAUCCGAUUAUUGUUCACUUCCGAAAAAUACGCCUGGACCCCGAAAGUUGUGAUUGAAAAUAGCGUAAAUGACCUUGAAGUGUUCAGCGAUGCGAACACACUGAUACGUCUGAAUUCCGUUGGCGCCGGUAAGUGGACACCAGGGGGCGUGUUCGAGACAAGUUGUGAGGCUGAUAUUACCUACUACCCACUUGAUACGCAAACAUGCAGCAUAGUUCUGACAACAUGGUCGUACACAUCAAACGAGAUAACUCUGUCAUUUGACGACGACCCAUUUAUUUUGGACAAUUUUAGCGAAAAUGGCGAGUGGGAGCUGUUGGAGACAUCAAACACUACGGAAUCCGCCGAAAGGUCAAGGUCCGAGUCCUACACAUAUGACAAGCUGUAUUUCACCCUGAAGUUGAGAAGAAGACCCCUUUAUCACAUUCUGAACACGAUAUUCCCCGUGAUUCUCAUGUCCUGUCUGAUCGUGUUCGUGUUUAAAUUGCCGCCUGAGUCGGGGGAGCGUGUCGGCAUGUCUUUGACAGUUUUGUUGGCCUACGCCGUGUACCUCACGCUUAUAACAGACAAUAUUCCCCAGACAUCACUUAGCGCCAGUAUUUUGUCCACGUACCUCACGAUUAUCCUGAUGUUGAGCAAUCUCUCGGUGAUCUUCACGAUUGUCGUCCUUGAUAUUUACUUCAACCAUGACGAUGACGAGGCGCCUCCUGAUUGGCUGCAGAAAUUCACAAAAUACUUCUUGGUUAACAUAACGUGCUGGAAAGGAGAAGCAUGCUGCAAACAAGGAAAAGUAAGACCAUCGAACGGCUCUGAACCGCACAUUUCCUUGGACGAUCUGAACAAAGUAAACGAUGAUAAAAGAAUGAUUAAAUCGCCAGGCCGCAAGGUGGCGCUGACAGAUGAUGAUGAAGAAAAUGCAAAACCUGAGGAAAGACCUUACUCAUGGAAGGAGGUUGCUCUUAUUCUGGAUCGCUUCUUUAUGUAUUUGUUCGUAUUGUUGGUUUUUACCGUUACUGCAGUUAGUCUGUCCAUUCUCGCUGUCGGUGGGCAACAAUAA